GAAUGCUUGACGCUUCCCUGCUUAGCUUCAGUCAGAGUAGGAAGAGGUGUGUGUUAAGAUGGUACCGAGUGCAGCUGCCAGGAGUAUAUCGGCCGCCGUGUUUCAUACAAUCGCCUGACUCGCCGCCAUGGGAACGAUAUGGCGGGAAAACGUUGCUGCUGUCUUAUCCAUCUUCUAUAUAUUGUCUAUCGGAUCUACUAACACCAGCAACCUCCCUCUGUUAUCAGGCACAUUGAAGACGAUGCAAGUUCACGCUUGCGACGAUGAAGAAUUAAAUAUCAAAUGCUGGGCCAACACAGUCAUCAGCAUAUAUUUCGCCCAAUAUGGACGAUCAGAGAAUUCUAAAAUAUGUUCUACAAACCAAGAGAUAGAUAAGAUUUCAGAAUGUUUAGUUCCUAAUGCAUUAAAAGUGGUCGAAGCCGCUUGCAGAGAAAAGAGAGUUUGUGACAUCAAAAUAACCCCUGAAACAUUUGGUGAAGAUCCAUGUCCUGGUGUUAGGAAAUAUGCCGAAGUUGCCUAUAAAUGUCGACCCAAUACGUUUUUCAAUAAAAUUGCCUGUGAAGGAGAAAAAUUAAGACUAAGAUGCCAUAAAACGCUCAAAAUUGUUAUCUAUUCAGCCUUUUUCGGGGCUACAACCAGUAGCGUGCCAGAAUGCCCCCAUUUUCCUGGACUCCCAGGAGAAGAUUGCCAAGCGAGUUACGCUACAGAAACUGUGAUGAAGAGUUGCCACGGUAGAAAGAAAUGCUCUAUAUCAGUUGAUCUGACAACAUUUGAAAAUCCUGGAUGUAAACAAGGUACAAGACUCUUUCUGAAAGUUGUAUAUACUUGUGUCCCUCAGGCAAUAUUAAAAGACUUAGAACUGGGAAGCGAUGUUGAUAAAGAUGUUGACGAAGAUAGCGAUUAUCCAACUUCCAUCGAAGAACCACGCCCAUUUGACGUGUCCACUACGUCGAUACCAUCGUUAGAAAUCACUGAUAAAGACUACGAAGGAACAUAUAAGCCUGAUGUCCAGAGUGAUGAAUACACGACUGAGGAAUUAACAGAAAACUGCACGACAGUCGAACGAAAUCAUCGUGUAAUAGGAUUUCUGACAGAAUGGAUAUCAGCAUAUACUUUCGUGAAAGCCAACCAGGAGAGAUUUAUCCUUUAUCUUACUCUUAGUUUGAGUGCUGGAUUAUUAGCAUUCUUAGUUGUAUUAGCAGGACGUUUAUACUUCCAAAGACAACAAGAACGUAAAAGAGCAAAAUUACACAUCACAGAUCCUCUGCCUUCCGUGUUUGACGAUGCUUCAGAACUUGACCAUUACGAUACUUCAGGUAGACAAGAAAAUAGUGUGGAAGUUGUCAGAUAUACCAAUAGAUCAACAAUGUCUCGACAAGAUAGUGACUCCCAUCCACGAGCACCAAUUUCUCAUAAUUAUUAUUACAGUUAGUACAAUGAGGUAUCGUAUAUUAUUAUUAUAAUAUUAUUAUUGCUAUUACUAUAAAAAAAACCAACAACAUCAACAACAAAUCGUUUUGUCUUUGAAUAGGCAGAACGAUAGUCACAACUCACCAAAGAAACUGUUAUGAAAUUGUUACUGUUAUAAAUGAACAGGAAUUGUGCAAUAUCGUUGUGCUAAUGUUAUUAUCAGGUGUAUUGCAUUAAGGAAUCGAUGUAUUUUUGAUUCCAAACAAGUACCUGAAUUAAUUAAAACAAAUUUAUAUAUAUAUAUAAAUAUAUGUAUAAUAUAUCUUGCAAACUGAUCCCACUUGAGUCGUGUACUCAAGAUAUGCUAAACCACUGCCUUGAUUUAUGGGCUUCCACCUUUUUCUGUCCCAUACUUUGUGUACUUUAACACGAUACUCAUUCUGCACUUCUCCCAACGUCCAUUCUACUGAUUUCCUACCGCACAAUUUAUCCGGAAAAGAAAAAGAAAAAAAAAAAGAGAAGUCCUAUUCGUCCUACAUGUCUCCUUAAAAGAAAAACAAAAUUACUUAGAUUUUAAAGGCUUCUAUAUUGUACAAGUUUUGAAUUCAGAUUCUUAAACAAGAAAAGAAUCAUUUAUACGGUCUUUAAACUGUAGAUAUGUUUAUAUUGAUAUAGUGUGACAUCAAAAAUUCCACGAACUUUUCGUAAACUUGAGCGCUUUUUUAAAAAAAUAAAUUUAAAACCAUGAAGCAAACAAAUACAUUGUUAAUGAAUUUUUUCUCUUUGUAAAACUGUAUUUGCCCGUGCUCCAAUUUUUGAUGUCAUUUUUUUUAAGUUUUGAUUGCCAAUUAAUAAUUCUCUCUCUUUCUAUCUCUCUUAUAAUGUUUAAAAGAUGGAGAAUUUUAAGGAAUGCCCUACAUUUUGGCUAUUUUCAAUGGAAUAUUUAACAAUUUAAUAAAGAAAAAACAGUCAUGGCCAUGUAAAAAAUUAAAUUUAAAAAUAUUUAUAGAUCCUAGAAUUAUUGUUUCAUC